AAAGCUUGAGAUCUCCCUGGCUACGUUUGCUGCUGCAACAGGGCAUAGCCUCCUUUCUCCUCCAGUGGGAAAACCCCAAAACCCUAUAUCCAUCGUUGAUCCAUCUAUCCUUCAAAAUCAAAUCGGUUGUAUAAUUCUUUGGCACAAUCUGUUAAUACUCCCACAAUCAGCCCUUCAAAUCCAUGGCGUACAGGCGAAGCCUAUGCACAAGAGCGACGCUUCUCGCUCGGCAUCGCUUUGCCCCGUCGUUCUCCCACAUUCACCGGGACGACGAUCGGAACAAGCAAUCUGAGGACCGAAAGAUUGAGAGUUUACUCCAAAAUCGAUCUUUUGGCGCUUCAUGUCGAGGCCUGAGACCUUCCCAGUUCCUUGUUUCUCCAAUGGCUGGAUCGUUUUUUAGCAGAAAUAUGUCGACGACGGUUGGCGAAGGGGCGGACAAAGUCGAGUACAUGACAGAUAUGGCCGAAGUUCUCGCGGAUAGAACCGUUGAGGCCGUGGUUGCCGCCGCCGCCACUGCGACCCCUGCGGUUAACGAAGUCGCGAUUGCCGCCGCGGAUUCGGCUUUUCCCGUUGCAGCGUUGCAGUAUCUUAUUGACGGUGUUCAUUCGUUUACUGGGUUCAAUUGGUGGGCUUCCAUAGUUGUGACGACUUUACUGAUUCGAGGGGCAACAGUUCCACUUUUGAUAAACCAGCUUAAGUCAACUUCAAAAUUAACUAUUUUAAGGCCACAUUUGGUGAAGAUUAAGGAAGAGAUGCAAGAUAGCGGGAUGGAUCCUAAAGCUGUAGCUGAUGGCCAGCAACGAAUGCAGGCGUUAUUUAAGGAAUAUGGUGUUCAUCCAUUAACUCCAUUGAAGGGUCUCCUUUUCCAAGGGCCCGUUUUCGUCAGUUUUUUCCUUGCUAUUUCAAACAUGGUAGAAAAAGUUCCUUCAUUUAAACAUGGUGGAGUAUACUGGUUUACAGAUCUGACAACUCCCGAUAGCUUAUAUAUCUUUCCAGCUUUAGCAGCACUGACAUUCUGGAUAACUGUAGAGUGUAACAUGCAAGAAGGUAUGGAAGGUAAUCCUGCAGCUAAAACCAUGAAAAAUGUCUCAAGGGUCUUCGCCGCUCUUACAGUUCCAAUUACAAUGACUUUCCCUAAGGCCUUGUUUUGUUAUUGGGUUACCUCCAACGUCUUCUCACUAAUGUAUGGUUUAGUGCUCAAGGCCCCCGGGGUGAAGAAGUUCUUGGGUGUUCCUGUGAUACCCGCAGCGCCACCCUCCAAAACUGCCGAAAAGCCGUUCUCUUUCCUUGAGGCGGUCAAAAAAUAUGCAGCAGCACAGGCUGCACAGCAGGUCAACUCAUCGCGCCUCCAAGCAGCACCAAAGCCUGCAGCAGAUCACAGAAUACCUUCCUCUGCAGUUCUUAGUCAGAGGAUUAAAAGCUUAGAAAAGAAAGUGAAGGGAAGAAAGAACAACAAGAAGAGGUGAGAUUUUCUUAUAAAUUAGUUGAUCCAUCCACCUUACCAGUUGUCUCCUUAGUAUAAUUGGCCAUCUUAGCAAAUUUAUUCCUUUCAGCUCUAGGGAUAAGAGAGAGGGGGGGAGGUUUUCCCAAAGGUUUUGUACCUCUUAUAAGAUUAACGUAUCAACUUUAAUUGGUAUUUAUUAGGUGAUAUUUUUGACAUCUCUAGUGUGUGGGGAGAUGAUUUUGUACUGAAUUAACGCGGAUAGAUCAGAACAACUCUCUCUCACUCACUCUCUCAUCACACACACACAUAUUUUUGACUGUACAGUAUAACCUCUCUGUGUAAGUUUUGAGUUGUGAAAAGUAAUUUCUUGAAUAACAAAGUUAAUGUAAUGUACAAAAAGUACUUAUUUGCUA